UAUUUAUUUUCAAUCAUUGACCCAUUAACCAUAUACAGUAUAUAUUUCCUCUGUUAAACUCAACAAAAUAAACACAACAAAAAACACAGACACAAAAAUGGCAAGUUAUUUAUCAGUCAAGGUAAUGGUCGCCCUUGUAGCGAUAUCAGCCAUAUCAAUAUCGACGACACGAGCACAGGCUCAAACAUGUGCAUCCAAACUAAUCCCAUGUGGCGCGUACCUAAACACGACAACGAAACCACCAAACUCAUGUUGUGACCCGAUAAAAGAAGCCGUUGCGACCGAUCUGCCUUGUUUGUGUAACUUGUACAAGAAUCCUUCUUUUUUGUCUGGAAUAGGUAUCAAUGUUACUCAGGCUCUCCGCCUUCCGCGGUUGUGUGGUCUUUCAUAUGAUGCUAGCGCAUGUGAUACUGCAGCACAAUCUCCAGGUGGAUCCACCACUCCAGCUACACCAGGUAAUAUCACUCCGCCAAGGGACAAUGGUGUGGGCAAGAUUGCUUCAAGUGGAGUUAUCGGCUUGUUUCUAAUUUCGUCUUGCGUGAUUUUAUAUUGAGAUAAAGACUUGUAGUCGUGUCUGAUUUAUAUAUGAUUCAUUGUUAUGAUAAAUGAUGAUGUAAGUAUUUACAUGUCAUUAUAUGGAUUCUUGUAUAAACCUUAGUUAUAUGAUUUUCGCUAUCAUCAUAUAUAAUUUAAUAAAUUAAUGAUCUUUUCA